ACCAAAGGUCAAAAUAAAUGUAUAUUUUUCUGAAAUUUCAAAUAACUUUCAAAUUAAAAAUACAAAAUCAACAUGAGUUUGGUAGAAGUUGGACCUUUAGAUAUUGCCACAAUUAACGAAAAGGUUGUACAGUGUUGUGAUAAACAUAUUCUAGUCGAUUCAAAAAUUAUUCGUCGAGAGGGUGAAAAUAUAAGUUAUAUAAAUAUUCAAAGUUUUAAUCCCGAAGCAGAACUGGCACAUAGGAAUGACAUAAUUCGGCACAAAGAUCAUUUAAUUUCUAGUCUAGAAAAAGAAAAUUUGUUUUUAAAAGAACAGCUGAGAGCUUUAAAUUGUUUAGUAGACCAAGUGACAGCAGCAAAUCGAAUAUCCAGCGUUGCCAAUGGUCCAAAAUUAUAUUCCACGGCGAACAUACCCAAAUUCCACAAAAUUCCACAAUCACUAGCCAGGUUCGGUCUUUAGGUCUGCGACCAAUCCGAUAUUUUUUUUAUAUAAACCACGUGAUCUUAAAGGGAUUUUACAUUAUAUAGUGACGUGUGAUAUCUGAUAUGUCGAAAAUUUCGUCGGAUUGCUUGCAGAUCUAAAUACCGAACCUAGCUGCUAACCUCGACGGCGACGCUCUUUUUACAGAAAUCUGUAAAAUUAUGAUGAGUUCUAUAAUAUUUUUUUUUACUAUUAGCUAAAUAAGGAAAAAAAAAAGAAAAAAAGGAAUAAUUCCGAAAAUUCCACAAAAUUCCACAUUUAUUCUAUUCCACAAACGUUCCACAACAUUAUUACGAAUUCCACACAUUUUGUGGAAUUCCACAAAGAUUGGCA